GUAUAAAAACAAGGCUCAAACUUUGAUCGGUGAAAACUCACAAGUGAUGCAGGACGUUUGAGGAUAAUUUCUCUUUCUUUCCCCCCGAGUCGGAUUUAACCUUUUUGUGGACAAAAGCUAUUGUGUUUUUUUGUUUCGUUUUGUUUUUGGAGGAUUUUACUUUUCCUGUGCCAGCCUCUGCUCUCCUUAUGUGAUCAGCUGACAGCAUGUGGACGCUGCUGUUAUUUGUUGCCUUGCAAGUGGCCACCGUGGGCUUGGUGACCACCGGAUGCCCGGUGGUGUGCGAGUGUCCAGCAGGGCCCCCAUCCUGCCCCCCGGGGGUAAGUUCUGUCCCCGACGGCUGCGGCUGCUGCAAGGUGUGCGCCGCACAGCUCAACCAAGACUGCCACGAGGGACGGCCCUGCGACCACCACAAAGGCCUGGAGUGCAACUACGGCAACGACGUGGGCCGUACCCACGGCAUCUGCAGGGCCAAGGCCGAAGGUCGCUCCUGCGAAUACAACGGGCGAAUUUACCAGAACGGCGAGAAUUUCCGCGCCGGUUGCAAGCACCAGUGCACCUGCAUCGAUGGAGCAGUAGGGUGUGUGCCCCUUUGCCCCAGCCAUGUGCCCCUCGCAUCCCCUUCCUGCCCCUCCCCGCAGCUGAUCAAAGUGCCAGGCCAGUGCUGCCUCAGCAUCGACUGCCACAAGGGAACCACCGUCGUGCCCCCGGUGCACCGGCGACCCCAGCUGCCCGCUUACCCACCUUACCCCUUCAUCCCCUACCCGGCCUACCCCUACCCAAAGCCGUACCCAAAACCCUACCGGAAGCUGUACCCCUACAAACCCAAAAAGGACAAGGACGCCAUGGGCAACGAGCUGCUGGAAGUGGGACGCAAGUGGGACAAGCCACGUGGAAACAAGCACCUGGCGGCCUGGAGGCAGGUGGGAGAUCAGUGUGUGGUUCAGACCACUUCCUGGUCCCAGUGUUCCCGGAGCUGUGGGAUGGGCGUUUCCUCUCGUGUUACCAAUGACAAUGCCCGCUGUAAGCUGAUCAAGGAGACGCGUCUGUGCAACGUUCGGCCCUGCAGCUCCAUGUCGAUCCCCGUUAAGAAGGGAAGGAAGUGUUCUCGCACCCAUAAGGCCCCAGAGCCCCACCGCCUGUCCUAUGCCGGCUGCAGGAGCACUCGCCUGUACAGACCCAACUACUGUGGAGUAUGUCGGGACGGCCGCUGCUGCUCACCUCGCCGUACUCGCACAACCAGUGUGAUCUUUGCCUGCCCGGACGGUGAGCGCUUUAACAGGUCUGUGAUGUUUAUCCAGUCCUGCAAGUGCCGCGAUGAGUGCAACCAUCUGAACGAGGCUGCCAUGCCUCCACAGCGGUGGCUCUACGGAGACACGCACAAGUUCAAGGACUAGUGGUACUACCCCGCCCCACAACAUUCCUUCAUAAAAACAGACUUUAACCCCCCCCCCCCCCCCAGCAAUACCCAUUAUAGAAUAGCUGUCUUUAGUGUAUCUAUGAGUAGACACAAGCGAGGUGCACACAUCAAAACAUCUGUUCUGGAAGAUUAUUUGGGGAGGAAUGGGGAGAAGAAGAAUGAAUGAGAUGGGCCAACCUCCAUCUUUGAAAGUGACCAGCCCCUGCUUUAGUGUAGAUAUAAAGUUGUUUCUGACCUGGUCAGGCUUCAGACUGUGACUGAAUCUUUUGUGUACAACAUGGAUGCACACAGCCGCCAUGUUGCUGCCAUGCUCCAAAAGUUCCCUGAACUGAGACUUUUAUUGGGAACAAUGGAGCUGAGAAGCACAAGCACAACUGUCUCUUGUGUUUGGCCUGUCUUCUAUUAUUGAUAAUGUGGAUUCACAUCACAGUUGCUGAGCAAUAUAUCAGUUAAUAGAAAGCUGGCCUGAUGUUGCUUUGGAGCCCGGCUGGAAUCACAUGUCUGUGCACUCCAAUAUGUGAGUAUUGAUAAACCAAAUGAAGACUGGUGUAGAAGACUGGGAUGGUGGCAGCAGAAGAUGAUGGAGGAGCAUUUCAGAUGUUCUGACAGGAAUGUGGUUUGUGUCUUUUUAUGGUAUUUAUUCACUGGUAUUUAUUGUGAGACAGACAUGACGACACAGUGGCCCGCCACCGGGGAAGGCGGCGCUGCUAUGUUUGGAGCAUCAGCACGGCUGACCGAGGAUCUGAUAGGGACUAAACAGCUGAGAGCUGUCACUCUUGAGAUGGAGAGAAGGACUCCCACAGAUCCAGGACCUGACCCCGGGGUCGGAGGUCCCAGUGGUCAGAAAGCCAUAUCUAAUGAUGGAGGGUGCAUGAGAAGAAAAGGUAUGUACUGGAAAAAGACGGAGUUGAACCUAAUGGGUUGAGGCUUUGUACGCAUUAGUGGGGAAUAUGUCAAAGGUUGUUUACACAGCUGGACUCAUCCCAUGCCUCGCCUCUUGAGGCAUUUAGCAAGCACCAGAAGAACAAGCCUGGGAUUCUGGCGUCAAGAAGUCGAGCACCUAAUUCUGUGCAAAUUACAAUCCUGAGUCUGAGAGAAAAUCAGCCGCUCUCUGGUUUGCUGUAAAAAUAAAAUCUGAAAACUGUGUGUGCUGAGGUAAACAUGUAAUUUGUGACUUGCGGGUGGAACCGCUCUGGUGCCUAAUGUGGCCUGUAAUCGAGCAGCGCUGCCUUUCACUGAAACAGAACAAUAACUCAUGUUUGAGGGUGUCUGUUUCUGAAAAAGGCUGUUGAAGGCGACGGUUGGAGUUGUAUGUUGCUGCAGGCCUGAUUAAUGUCACUAGAGGACAUUUUUAAAGACGGAUUCGAAAGCAAGUUUUCUGUAUUCUCUCAUUUUUGUGGCUGACACCCUUUUGUUAUGACUGAAGGACCCAAGCUUCUUCCUUAACCGGUGCUUGGGUUAGAGUUAGCGCACCUUACGACAGCCUUGAUUCAUGACCUAAUCUUGUAUCUCAUGCGAAUGUAAUGCAGAGGGAUUGAGAGGUCAUUUCAAACUGACUUUUUUAAAUGGGUGAUUUCGUUUUUUUCCUGUUGUGCCAAAAUUUUAGACAUUUUUACCGAAUUCUGUGAAACUAGAAAAUAUUUGCAUUCUUUUUUAACAUACAGUAAAGUUUUCUAUGAGUCUGUGCUGCCCCAACACCUGAUCAGUGGUUUUUAACUUUACAGGUGAUAAAAGUGUUUUUGGUGUUGGUGUCAUUGCUACUUGCCCAUGUAGAUGCUGUGGUUUUGGUACUGUAUGUGUAGUUUUGUUAAGGGACACUAUAGAGCAGCUAUGUACAGAUGCAUUGUUAACUUCUUUGUAGUUCGAUCUGCUGUAUAAGGGCCAAUCAUUAUACUGAAGUAGUCCAUGUAUAGUUUAGCACUGAACGAGGCAGGGUUCAGAUCCUUUACGAGCAUUAAGUGCCAAUUUGAAAGCAUGAUGAUUGUAUGACGAGUAGUGUACAUUAAUACCAUCUGUAAUAUUCUGUAAUGAGUCAUGCUUGUAAGAUUAUAUGUUUAAAAAAAACUCAGAGGCUUAAAAAAACAAAGAUUUUUUACAUGUUCAUCACAUUAAUUUCUCUUGAAGUUGGUUACAUCACAUAUAAUUGGUUUCGGAGUUGGAAUUGGUUCAUCAUUUUUGCAUUUUUUGAAUAAAGAAAUUUUCACUCCCA